AUGGCAGGACACGGCAGAUUGAAACACAGGGCCAGCCUGCCCACCAUCCCAGGGGCUCGUGCUCAGCCGCCCAUCAGUGGGGUCCAUCAUGGACCGGAGGCCCUGGAGCAGCAGAACCAGGUCCAGAGCCUCCUUCCCCCUGUCACUGAGCACCGCCACAAGAGGAGGUGGUCCCACUCGCAGCACCGCUCCGUAGGGGUUCUGCCCCAGCCUGAGCCUAAGGAGGAGAUCAAGCCCUUCGUUCUGGACCUGAAGAACUUCCCUGAGCUGGCCAACGCAGACAUCAGCUCGCAGAACCCCAACAUCCAGGUGACCAUUGAGGUGGUGGACGACCCUAACAUGGACUUAGAGAUGGAUCUGAUAAAGGACUGGAUCCCCCCGUCCCCCCCGUCCUCUGUAGGCUGGCUGGGGGGUAAGAAGCUGUUCUGGCCUCUGUUCUGGGGAUACACAGACGCUGACUCCAGCGAGGAUGGGACGGGCCGCUCAGGGCCGGAGGAGACUGGAGAGGAAGAGGAAGUCGAGGAAGAUUACCUGUUGGAGUAUGGUAGCGAAGAGCCUCUCCCUAGCGAAGUGGGAGAUGACUGGGACAGUCGCUGGAACGAGGAGAAGGAGGAGACGGAGGAGUGGAGCGCCUGGUCCCCGUGCUCUGUCACCUGUGGUCAUGGAGAGAGGAAAAGGACACGGUCCUGUGGUUACUCCUGCACCCUGACAGAGGCCUCCAAAUGUGACAUGGAGCCUUGUCCCGACCAUGUCAACACUGUGGCUGAGCCUUUCCCCUUCCAGAUGGAGAACGGCACUGAACCUUUUGGCACAGACGUGGACACCUGUGAGAAGUGGCUGAACUGUAAGAGCAACUUCCUCCAGAGAUACCUCAACCAGGUCCUGUCAGAACUACCCAGCUGCCCCUGCAAUUACCCCUCGGCCACUGCCUACACCGUGGUCAGCGUCUUCGACGAGGGACACGACCGGACGUUCCGUUGGCGUGACGCCAGUGGCCCUAAAGAACGCCUGGACAUCUACAAACCCUCGGCGAGGACUUGCAUCCGCUCGGCCCUCUCCGGCGACGUCGCCACGCUCGCCGCCCAGCACUGUUGCUACGACAACCGUGGCCGUCUGAUCACACGGGGGAAGGGUGCGGGAACGCCCAACCUGAUCAGCACGGAGUUCUCACCGGAGCUCCACUUCAAGGUGGACGUGCUGCCCUGGAUCCUGUGUAAAGGUGACUGGAGCCACUUCCACGCGCUGCGACCGCCCAACAACGGCCUGGUCUGCCCGGAGAACCCCCACCAGGACGUGUUCAUGAACGAGCUGGAGGAGGCCCGGGAGUACUGA